GUAGACCGAAGGCGCCAUCCCCGCCACCAGCGUCGACGCCAUCCCCCGCCGUAAACCGCUACCCCGAACUCCUACAAUCUUUCUGCCGCCGGCUAUUCCGCUCAACAAAGGCCAGAACCGCAGGGUUGCACAGCCCAUCCAAAGCAAGUAGCUCUGAUUCAUCAGUUGCAAUGGCUUGUGUUGAACAGACGUUCUCUACUAUGGGAGUUAAUCCAAAAGAUGGGAAGGUUGCAACAUUGUUUGUAUCCCCGGCAAAAGCAUUUCUUCUACAUUUGAUUUGUGGGCUAGGCUUAGCUUCAGCAUUUUGGGUAGCACACAACAUAUUCUCCACCGACCUCAUUUCAAGUCCUGCCCAAACGCUUUGUCUGAUUUUGGUUUUUGAGUCUCCGGUAGUACUUCUACUUUAUAGUCUCUUUCGACGAGAUCCGGUUCAAUGCUCUUACUUCAAAUCUCUGGGACGAGGUCUAUUGGGUCUUCCAGCUGGAGCUGUUGUGAUUGGAGUUGGGGCAAUAGUUUUGGGAGCACCUGUUGGCUUUCAGUAUUUCAGGCUGACUUUGCAUUGGUCUCUUCUUAUGUCAGUCUUCACUUUUGUUCCAGCAGCUUCUGUUUUCGGUUCAUCUUGGUCUGAUUGGCACCGUAUAUUUACUCACACAAAGCCAACUAAUAACACAGACUAUAUGAUCUGCUUUCCUGCUCAUGGAGCCAUUAUUGGGGCAUGGCUUGGUGCUUGGCCAAUGCCCCUUGAUUGGGAAAGGCCAUGGCAGGAAUGGCCAAUUUGUGUAAGUUAUGGAUCUAUUGCAGGGUAUUUGGUGGGAAUGGCUGUUUCCAUGGGGUUUAUCCUCUUCCAUAACCACUGCCGCCACCAUCUCAAAGGAGAAUAAUGUGCUCCUCCUCCUUCCAGGCUUCUGUCCGGCUGGUUUAAUGGAACCUAGGACGGGGUUCAUCCCUUUUUUUUAGAGUAACGUGCCCUUCACGGGGUUCUAUUAGUGGUCCUUAACCUAUAGGGCAAGCCAACGCUAAUUUGAAAAAACGACCGCCAAGGAAUUGUUACCCUUAACGUGUUGUUUUUUCUUCAAAACAAUGUAUGAGAGAUGGUUUGGAGUUGUCUGAGCAUAAUUUAAGAUGACUUGAAUACUUUGGAAGCAUUGUUUAGAGCUAGUUUUCUGGGUUUGGAUGGUAUGAGUUGACCUGAGUUAUGAAAUUUGAGAAAAAUAAUACAGAUUCUGAAAUAUG